AUGUUCUAUUCUUUCAUCGCCCUCUUCUUCUUUGUCGUGUCCGGCUCCUUUGCCGCCGUUAUUCCUCGCGUGGACACGGUGUCUUCGGCCGCCAACUCGUACUCGGGCAACGCUGGGACCGCGGAUGGCGGAAAUGUCCAGAACAAUGGUACCGCACCAUUAAUUGAGAUCCUCUCCGACAAUGCAGGCAACGGCGGUACAUCCGAGACGGGACCCUCUUCGGCUCAGAGCGGGGGAACCAGCGCCUUCAAAGAGGAAGACAAGACUGUACCACUUUUAGCAGCACUGGAGAUUGUCCCACAAGCAGAGCAGGAUUGCUGA